AUGUUGAUAAUGAAGAUCAAGUAUUAAAUGAAUUAUCUGAAUAUCUUGGAAAAUCAGGUGGUUUUGCUAAGAAGUAUUUGUGGGACAAUUUUACUUCAAAGCCAAUUAAUUGGUGGAACUUAUUAGACAUGCAAUCUAUAUUAGUUAAAGAUUUACAUAACAAUAAUGUAGAAGUUGAUAGAGAUUUGGUUUAUUUAAAUAAUCAAGAAGCAAGAAAUGAUUCAGAGAAUAAUAAAAUUGAAGUACUUGACGAUGACAAUAUUACCAAUUUUUCUAAUAGGCUUAUUAAUAUGUUUAAUAAUGGUGAGUAUGAAUUUGAUGAAUAUUUAAGUACUACGGCUACUUGA